AUUAGCCCCUGAUGGGUGGAGUAAUGCAAUCAGGAGUAACUACAGCUCACCCGCAGCCUUCUCUCUCAGUCUGCCCCAGACUCCGCACAGGCACACACUCCUCAGAUAGGAAGGUGAGUGACCCUGGGUCAAAAUGACCGAGCGCUACGACUGCCACUACUGCAAGGAGUCCCUGUUUGGGAAGAAGUAUGUUCUGAGAGAGGAGAAUCCCUACUGUGUGAAAUGUUACGAGAGCCUGUACUCCAACACCUGUGAGGAGUGCAAGAAGCCCAUUGGCUGCAACACCAGGGAUCUGUCCUACAAGGACCGUCACUGGCAUGAGGACUGUUUCAAGUGCUUCCAGUGCAAGCGCUCGCUGGUGGACAAGCCUUUCUCCACCAAGGAUGAACAACUCCUCUGCACUGAGUGCUACUCCAAUGAGUAUUCCUCCAAGUGCCAUGAGUGCAAGAAAACCAUCAUGCCAGGCUCCAGAAAGAUGGAGCACAAGGGGAACAGUUGGCACGAGACCUGUUUCACCUGUCAAAGAUGCCAGCAGCCCAUUGGCACAAAGAGCUUCAUCCCUAAGGACAACAACAACUUCUGUGUGCCCUGCUACGAGAAGCAGUUUGCCAUGCAGUGUGUGCACUGCAAGAAGCCCAUCACCACUGGCGGGGUGACCUACCAUGACCAGCCCUGGCACAAGGACUGCUUCCUGUGCACUAGCUGCAAGCAGCAGCUGUCUGGCCAGAGGUUUACCUCUAGAGAUGACUUUGCCUAUUGUCUCAACUGCUUCUGCAACCUUUAUGCCAAGAAGUGUGCCUCCUGCACCACCCCCAUUAGUGGCCUUGGAGGCAGCAAGUAUAUUUCCUUCGAGGAGCGCCAGUGGCACAAUGACUGCUUCAACUGUAAGAAGUGCUCCGUGUCCCUGGUCGGCCGUGGCUUCCUCACUGAGCGCGAUGAUAUCCUGUGCCCAGAGUGCGGCAAGGACAUCUAACUCAGUCUGAGGGAUGACGGAUACAUCUGAUUGGAUGACAUUGUUAUGAUAGAGGAAAGAAAGAGAUACAAUCAGUACUAUCAGAGCACAGCAUCUUUACUACCAAGCAUUACUAUGAAUGUACAUUGUGUAUGCAAAUACAAACUACUAACAGUGUUAUUUGAAUCUAGAAAGUUUAUUUAAAUGUUCACUCUUUGAGAAAAGUAAUUACUAAUAAAAUAUAAAUGUUGGCAUGAAUGUAAAGACAAUUAUGAAACAGCAACAUGUUUGCAGAUAUACACUGUAUGAAGCAUUUUUAAAUAAAUCUACAAUAGUAAUGUAGACUAUCACCUUUGAAGUGUAAUACUUACUGCUUUGUGCAUGGACUACCUUGAUGCUGUAAUCAAAGGUUUUGUGAAUGAGGUUUGCUUCUACCAAUAAAAUAUAUUAAAAUUGUGUCUUGACUCUUAUAAUUGCCAACUGUAGCUGUGCAUGAAAUCACAUAGAUUUCAGAAUUGUUCAUACAAAACAGGGGGGCAAAAUGUUUCUAUUCGAAACUUUUAGGCAGAAAAUGCACACAAAUUUAAUAGUUACUGCCGAUUGGUGGGUUUAAGACUUAAUGAUGAAUUUAGAUUUCCUUUAUUAUUUUCAGAAUCAGAAUCAGAAUUAUGUUUAUUGCAAAGUAGGUUUUUACACUUACCAGGAAUUUGUCUUGGUGCAUUGGUGCAUAAAAUAUAAAACUCACAAAAGAAUAGUACUUGAAUAUUAGUUUAAGAGUACAUUGAGUACCACUUAAGUUACAAUACAGGCAU